AUGUUUAGUCUUAAAAGUAUAUUUCUCCUCUUCAUCUUCAUCUACUCAUACCAUCGGGCAGACCCAAACCAGUUCCUCCUCGAGACAAACGACUCGAACCCGAUUUUUCUCCUCCCUACCUCGACUCCUAUCAUCUUCAUCAUGGCGCCUCCGUCCACGGAGGUCCAUGACAUCUACUACCACCUUCCGGGAUAUCAGAGAUCCCGCGAUUUGAUCAAGGCAUAUCUAAAGUCCAAAUUUUGGGACUUGGUCAAUACGCCAGAAUUUCUCCAGGCUCUCUCAAUCCAGCCUGCUGCGGAGUUCCGAGUCCAUGCACUUGCCAAGUUUUCAGAGCGCGACUUUCCGACUGUUGUGACACUGUGGUAUGUUUCUCGGCUAAUGAAAUCGGCACCAGACAUGUUUCAUCGAUCGAAGAUGGCGAAUGCACCGGUCGAAAUUAACACCACGCAGUUCAUGCAGUUUGUCUUCUACAUGAAGACAGACCUUCACAAGUUGAAUCCACAAAUAUCUCGCGCCCCUGUCCCCCGCAGGGCCGUGCGGCGAAGGAAACUCUGA